UAAAAAGCUUCGUCUCGCCAAACUUCAAUCCCACAGAAACACGGUCUCAUGUUGCCUAGUUCCCAUCCAUAUUCAGCGGAACGCUACAGCACGGAUGAGAAGAUGAAUUGUCCCGUCGCCAUGACUCGACGUCAGGGAUGGACGUGUUGUCGUAAACACUGCUGCGUGAAGCAGUCGAGGCAAUUGAACAUAUAAAGACGCGCUGCAUGCUAACCUCGAUGAAUCUGCUAACAACGCAAUCAGCCAAACCAGGAACGUCAGAACAAACAGCACGAAGCCGACCUCGCAAGUAUCCAAGACCAACCUCAGUCACAACAUAACAAUAUCAAUAGCAACAACAACCACAACAAUUCUAUACUCAGCUCAGCACAACAUGUCUGCUCCCUCGUCCACAAGAGUCGUCUUCUUUGGCGCAACCGGCGGCGUCACCAACGCAGCUCUGGUCCACACCUUGAAAGCCGGAUACCAAUGUACCGCGCUGGUCCGCACACCCGAGAAACUUCGCGCCCAACUGACCAAACAAGGUCUCGACGAGUCCCUCAUCGACAAACAUCUCACCAUUGUCCAAGGCAACGCACUGGACAUUGAUGCAGUCAAAAAAGCCUUGACUGCCAACAGUCCCAGCAGAUCCAGCCUGCCAACCCAUAUAGUCACCGGUCUCGGCGGCUCACCCAAGCUGAACUUCGACUGGUGCCAUCCACUGCACAUUGCAACGCUGGAUAACCCCAACAUCUGCGAAACAGCUGCGCGCACUCUAUUACAGGCGAUGCGUGAGGUUGAGGCCGAGGCCGGCACCAAGCAGCAGCUGCAGAACAAGCCGCUGUUGAUUUUCGUCUCGACCACGGGGAUCACGCAUGGGCCCGAGGAUGUUCCCCUUGCGAUGCGGUUUCUGUAUCAUCAGAUGCUGGCUGUUCCGCAUGCCGACAAGAAGAAGAUGGAAAGUCUGUUCCGUGCAGAUGCUGAGAAGGCGCCAGAAGACUGCAGUCGUGUUUUCCGCAACGUCGUGGGUGUCAGGCCUACCUUGCUCUCUGGGGCUGCCGAGUAUACGGAUGCCGCGGGGUUGGAUUCUGUCAAGAGCGGCACUGAGUCGAAACCCGCGCUCGGGUAUAGUAUCAAGAGAGCGGAUGUUGGACACUGGAUCUUUGAGAAUGUUAUCAACGAAACGUCUAGGAGGAAGGAAGUCGAAGGUGAAAUGAUUACUUUGACCAGUUAGGUCGGUCGUCUACCCUGCUAAUGGUGCUUGUUGGGACUGGCGCAAUGGACUUUUGCUAUGGCAUUGCCGAGAUCGAUAUCAAGCUGAUUGUUUAUUUAUUCAAUCAUCACAUAGUCAUUUCUAACGAAUGCAAAUAUCACAGAUGCAGCAAA